AUGCUUUCAGCAGACUCAAGAAUAUCUUGUGCUGUCAAGCCGUUCCUCAGCAUCUGCGUCUGCGCCUCUGGCAAAGCUGUAUUCCGCCUUGACUGUGCAGGCAUCACGGAUGUCAUUGCGGGCAAGAUCAGAAGUCUGGUCACUCAGCAACUUCGACAGAUGGUUAGAUCCUAUAGCAUGUUCACACAUGAGGCCAAUGAGGAUCUGCUCCUCCGGCUACACAUCGAAGACCCCAUCGGCCGCAUCUACAAGGCCUUUACUCAUCGGUGCUCCAAGCCACCCAUGGAGUUUGAGUGCCUGCAGGUUUGGGAGUCGCAUGCGCAGUGGCUGCAUGUUCUGAGGGGCCGCCUAUUUGACAAUUCAGAAGUGGCGCGGCAGAGUGCUCAGGAUGUUCGCAUCGGCUCUGCUGGCCAAUCUUCCACUAAAGCUCGGGUGGUGCCAGUACAUAUAGUCACCGAACAGUUUGUUUGCCAUGAAUGCGGUUUCGCAUUUGCUACACAAGCCGCGCUUAAAAGCCACAAGUACAAGAUCCAUUUCGCAGAGAAAGACAAGGAGACCAGACAGGCAGAAAUUCAUAAGCGCAAACAGCAUCCUGCCACAGAACACGCCCGAGAUGGCAUGCCCACCUGCAAGCAUUGUGGACAUCAAUUCGAGUCCUGGCCGGCUUUCGCGUACCAUGUCAAUUCUAGGAGCUGCGCUGAAACAAGAUUCUUCUAUUCUCAGGAGAAUAGCCGAGAUCAGCUGGCCACGCUCCAGGAUGCACUGAUGUCUAGAGACGAGCUGCUGCAAGCAGCCACCUCUCUCAAAUGGCGCGAGAUGGCGGAGCUUCCAGUGGUUAAACAACAUCACAAUCAUUGUUUAGAAUGCCAUCAUUGGUGCGCCUCUCCCAUGUAUGUUAAGCGCCACAUGAAGUCCAAGCAUCCGGAACUGACAGCAAUAGUGCAGGAUGUGACAGCCAAGAUUGUCCAGAGCGAUUUGGCUCUCAAAAGCGUGCCCAUCUCAGUUCAUGCAUCGGACUUCAGAAUGGCAGCAGCGCUGGAGGCAGCGAAGGAGCUGGAGCAGGCGACCAGCGAGCUGGACAUGAUCCGGGCCCUGACCCCAACUUUGCAAGCAGCCCCGCCAGUCCCGGCAACGUCGACGGAGGCGCCGGCGCCGGUCCCAGACCAGUCCAUGGACACCUCGGACAAGUCUGCCACGAGGACCAGACCGGAAGACGCCGACGACAAAAACAAGGACAGGCAGGCCAAGUGGUCGAGACCAGCCAGCAAAGGAAAUCAGCAGGGCCGCGGCAAAGGUCAAUCGCAGAAUUCCUCCAAGUGGGAAAGCUGGUCAAACUGGAAAGACCAGGACAAGAACAAGGGCGACCUGGACCAGCUCAAACAGCAGGUGGAUAUGCUUACGACCUUGGUUCUCCGACAGGAGCACCAGUUGAUGAUCAAUCGGCAAGACACCAGUUACAUCAUUUUUAUCAGGACGGAUGUAACGCCCAGCUUGGCGGUGACGUCAUUCAAUAUUGGUCAGAGCUGGAAGCAGGCCAAAACUUCGAAUCCAGAAAGCCUGAAGCACCCCUUGCGAGUGAUUCUUUUUCAGCGCCUGAUGACGUCCAUGACCGCUGCCCUGGAAACCAUGCUGUCAGAUGCUCAGAAAGUCGAGCAAGCCAAGACCUUGGGCUGGAUUCAAGGGGACCAUUUCACAGGAGUGAAGUGGAAUGCGGAGAAGAAGAUGCACGAGGUGGACACCAAGAUUCCCCCCAUCCCGAUUCCGCAAACCCUGAACCUCAUUCUGGAGGCGACCAAACUGUGCACGGAGCCGUUCGCCAUCAAUCGCUACCACGCAAUGAGGCCCUUGGCGUCGGAGUAUUCGAGUCCUACGUUGACAAUGAUGCUCGAAAUAGGACUUCGAACUGCCGAAGCCAACCGCUUGUGGAGCAUUUUCAACAAUAUCGCUCAGACAUCGGUGUGGCUGGCAGUGGGAGCCUAUUGCCGACACGAGCGGCUACAGAGGUAUUUCGUUCAACAGAGUGGUGGCCUCAAAUUCGCACUAGAGCUCUCAUGGGAGGCCAGACUUCUCAAUGGGGGGGCAGACGAUGACGCUCUUCGAAGGGAUGUCACCAACUCAGAGGUCCUUGUUAUUGAUCCCUACCUUGCAGAUGCCACCCACCGUGGAGAUUCUGUCAUGUUACAACAACUGAUCCAUGCAUGGGAGAAUCAGGCCUACAUUCAUGCGCUGACUGAGCGGCCAUUGAUUCUUGCAAUUUUGAUCGGGCGUUUCAGCAAUGAUGGUGGACACAUCAGGAAGUAUCAUGGCAAAAUAAUUCCCAAUGUUUUCCUGGAGAUACCUGUGUUUGACACCGAUGGCUUUCAUGCAAAGCGCUACGAGCUGAAUUCUUUUGUUGCCCACAGCGGCAGCACGCCCUUCGCUGGCCAUUACACUGCUGUUUUUCGACAUGGUUCUACAUACCUGAAAGCUGAUGAUGACGGGCUAAUGCUUGCGGACUAUUUGCUUUGGGUCUACGGUCUAAACCUGUCCCAAGUUUCGCUGGCAAAGAACCACACGCACUUUGCAGCGAGGAAAGUGAAAGUGAAAGUUGCAGAGGUACUCAUGAAAUUGGGGACAGGGAAGUACCACGCAGCCGCCACAAUUGGCACCGUGCAGCCUAUCGCAAUGAUGGCACCGGCAUCCUUCAACCCCUCCUUGCUCAGCAGCUACGGGCGGUGUCUUGAUGACCCAACUUUGCGGGCCAAGAACUACACCAAGCCGAACAUUCUCAUCUCGGGCCCCACAGGAAGCGGAAAGACUUAUCUGGUGAGGACCAUGGCAAAGAUGCUCGGAGUACCAUUUGCAAAAGCAGACGCCACAAAGUUUUCUGAAACUGGCAUCGUCGGUGAAGAUGCGGAGGAUGUUGUGCGGCAAUUAGUGGAUGCAGCUGGAGGAAGCUCAGAGGUGGCUCAGUAUGGCAUGGUGUAUAUUGACGAGGUUGACAAAAUCUGUGGAGGCAGUGGCGGCACUGCCAGAGGCGGCUGGAACGGGUCCCAAGUUCAAAGCAACUUCCUGAAGAUCAUGGAAGACACGGAAGUGGGAACCAAGAAUUCCAUGCAAGCCAGUCUUUCGAACAUGUUCGGCGGUGGCCAAGGCGACCAGACGAUCUCUACCAAAUUUGUAUUGUUCAUCUUUAGCGGUGCUUUCAAUGGCAUGAACGAGAUGAUCAAGAACCGCGUGGGUGCCAAGUCUAUGGGCUUCUUCGUUGAAGAUGACCACAAGGAGCAUGACCACGACGCGUCCAAGGCCAUCAGCCUUGGUCCGUCAAAGGAUGACGAAGAGGCACAGAGCUACCUGCACUUGGCCGAGACGAAGGACUUUGUCGAAGCCGGCCUGGAACCAGAAUUCGUCGGGCGCAUCCCUGUUCGCGUGGCUAUCCGUGCCUUGACCAGCAACGACUUGUACAGAAUUCUGACGGAGGCCGAGGAUUCCGUACUCUUUCAGUUUCAGAAUGACUUCCAGGGCUACGGCAUUGAAUUGAAGGCUGAGGAGGCUGCACUUCGGCGUGUGGCGGAGCUCGCGGUGGAGGAAAAGACUGGAGCGCGAGCUCUUGUCACCAUUCUCGAGAAGGUUCUCCGAGGCUUCAAAUUUGAGCUGCCUUCAACCAGCUGCACAGAGCUGACGCUAACAAAAGCCAUGGUGGAUGAUCCAGAAGGUAGCUUGAAAGACCUGCUGUGCUCUCCAUCUGUGGCGCGAGCUUCAGUGGCCCGAUGGCUUGAGACCGUCGAGCGCACGUCCAAAAUUCGUCUAGACAUGCCGGAUGACGUGCGGGAUCGUGUGGUAGAAGAGUGUGCCAAGCAGCGCCAAUCAGCCGACGUAGUGCUCGACGGCAUGCUGCGGCAGACUGGGGUGAUUUCUGGUUUCGAGUCCAUCCGCGAUGCAACAAAAGGGAAGGUGGAUUUCUUCUGUGUCAACCAAGCGAUGAUUGACACGCCUGAGGAGGAGAUGCAGAAGUGGACGAAGGACUUGGAUGCCAUGGCCUGA